CGCCCUCUUCCGCGCGGGAGAGGCGGGCGGGCGCGGCGGUGUCUGUGAGGCCGGGGCGGGAGGUCCCGCUGCUCCCGGCGCUCCCGCACCAGGACUUCUCCUGAGCCUGUAAGAACACCAGGGACUGUAGACUCCACCUUUAGCCUCUUCCUCACGAAAUUCCCAGAGCCCCUGGAGCUGGAUCCUCCAACUAGGCCUGAGCAGGGCCUAUGUAUCUGCAUCCAUUCCAGGAGUUUGUGCUGUCAGAGGUGACCUCUCCAGCAAAGGGCAUUUUGGAGUAUCACUCCUAGUUGGAGUGGGAAAUUGUUGAAGAUUUCUGCAGUGAACUUGCACAGAAUCCACAGACAAACUUUCCUGCUUUAGGUGUUUUCCAGAUAAUGGCGAAGAUGGUGAAAAUAACUUGUGCAUUUUGUCCAGAAGGGGAGGCUGGUUCUGUAAUGUAUAUUGCCAAAGAGGAAAAUAUUGCAGCUCAUCAGGAUUGUCUGUUAUUUUCCUCAGGAUUUGUGGAGGCUGAAGAGUACAACCCAGAGAAUCUGGAUGUAAGGUUUGAUGUGGCAUCAGUGUUGAAAGAACUCAGGAGGGGAAAGCGGCUGGUGUGCAACUUCUGUCGCAAGAAAGGAGCCACGGUGGGCUGUGAGGAGAGGGCCUGUCGCAGGAGUUACCACUACUUCUGCGCGCUCUGCGACGACGCAGCUGUGGAGACAGAUGGAGCCAAUGGUGUCUACCGAGUGUUCUGCACAAAACAUGACCCAGACAAUAGGACCAACCACUAUGAUGCGGCUAACAAGAGGAGAAGACAUGCAUUGAAAUCUCCCACCAUUGCACAACAGAUGAGCACAGACGAGACAGCAGAAGAAAACAGUUUACGAAUACUGAAGAGAAAAAACAACAGGCAUAAAGUCCAAAUAGACUUUGUUAGGAAAUGCAAGCAAGCUGGGCUUCUGGAUGACAUAUUUGAAGAGAUGCUGGACACACUUCACCUGGCGCAGGAAAAACUGAUGGAUGACAACACUUCAGAAACAGAGUAUGAAGAGACAGUGAUGUCACUCUUCGACUGUGGACUGUUUGAAAAUAUCCUGACAAAUAUUCACUCAGGAACAGAGGAAAAAAUCCAGGAACUUAUGGAAAGCAGGAAAAAACUGGAUUCCAAGAUUGAACUACUUCAGGACUUAAAAGAAGUUGUCCUUCCUGCCCAGGAGAGUAGUGCUAGUACAUCUAGUACCAUGUCUGAAUAACCCCUCAGUCUGUCUGAGAUGGUGUCAAUACUUAGGUUUUUCUAAUGAUAGAAACCAUAGAGCACGUCUGGUCAGUGUGUGUGUCAUUCCCUCCCCCACUCCCAGGACAGGGACAUAAGCCAGAACUGGGUGUUUUACUAAUUUUUAUACCUCACUGUUGCAAUAAUUUUAAGUUGUCCCGUUCUUUUUAAAACGAGUGUUAUAGGCCUUUUUUAAAGCUCAGCAAAACACUCUCAAAGACAAGGCAGCAUCAGCUGCCACAGAACACUUGUUAAAGUCACUUUAACUGUGGGAGCCCUCUCCUGACUAUGGGGUAGCUGCUUCACUGUCUGCAUCCAGACAGUCACGUUGUAAGGUUCAGGUUGCUGCUUUGGCUUUCCAAAGAAGAUAAAUCAGCAGAACUUGCACUCAAAGAAGCCUUCUGAAUUAUAAACAAGAGUUUGUGGGUUGCUUUUUAAAAAUGAAAUUAUUCUUGAUAAACUGCUUAAUAUGUAUUUAGUGCUGCUGUAAUGGCAGUGCUGAAACAGUGUUUGUAGGCAGACCAGGAAUGGUUGGGCAUCAUAUUCUAAACAACCUGUACAAUUCAAAAUGGAUCAAACAAUGGACUGUAUCUUCCUUUCCUCAUUAAGAAAGGAUACAAUUUCCAAGUGUUUCAUCUUAAAAAAAUAUGUUUGAAUACAGAAAAGCAUUGCUUAGCUCUAAAAGGUUAACCAAAUAAAAUGUUUUUCAGAAA